UUUUGUCGAGUGCUCGCCACCACUCGUCCUAUCCCCCUUUCAUUGGCUAGAAGCUGGUCGGGACGGGUCGCCUCUGCUGGCGAAGCAAGCCAGCGGCAAGCAGCGUUUUCGCUGAUGUGUCGUCGUUGGUCGCUUGUGAGGAGCAAUUCGUACGAUUUGCUCCAGGCGGCAAGCGUCAAGUCGCCUGGGUUGCAGGUCGCGUGUAAACUGUGACUACCCCAUGUGUGAAUGUACUUGUGGCUGUGCUAUGUUUGUGCCUGCAAUAUCUAGCCUACUAAGUAUGAAUGCUUGUAUUGCUGCUGCUGCUGCUGCUGCUGCUGCCGCUGCUGCUGCUGCUGCUGCUGCUGCUGCAGGUUUCUUCUACGAAUAGAAUCCGUGUGUAUGCUCUGUGUGAUUGUGCGUUUUAAACAGCUAGAUAAUGAGCUACUACUAGCUGUCUAGUCCAGUCCAUAUCUGGGGCUGGGCUCAAAACUGCCAGAGAAAUGGUUGGGUAGGAUAGCCGGGCAGGUAGGCGCGCCCGCUACCAAUUGUUAGGAGACAGUUCGACAGGCCGCCUGUAUUUGCUGUGUGAGGUAAAUGUGCGGCGCGGUGCCGCGGUUUAUCGUGGAGAGUUAGGCGAACUUCAAUAAGCCCAGGAUAAAACCCUAAUCAAAAGUUAACCAAAAGUAAAACGCAUUAUUCCCUCGCAUCGAGAAGAAGCCAACAGCCUGGGGCUACUGGUGCUAAUAGCAAAACUGGUUAGAGGUGAUUGCUAAUCGAAAUCCAAUGAGUGGAGUAUUUCUUUCGCACAUACUAGUAGUUACUGGGAAGAACUAGCCAGCAGCGAAGGUCUGGCAAGUGUACGAAAGCGGUAUCGACGUACAGUGUACAGUUUUGGCCACAUCCCCUUUGCUGGGGCCAUCAGGAACCAUGAAACGCAAACGGAGCUCAACGUUAGAGCUGUUAGGGGAACGGCAGACGCACGCGCGACGGCCACAGGUCCCUCUUCAACGAUAUGCUGAGGACAAGGCGGCACACUUUGAACUCGAAGAAAUGGUAUGUAAGCUGCCCGUUAGCGUUCGCAGUACGUUUCUCAUGGUGUUUUCGCCGAACGGUGCUCAGGUAGCAUCUACUCAUGGUGACCACAAAAUCUACGUUUGCCAGGUGUCGACUGGUCGUUUGCUAAACACUUUGGAAGGACAUCCUCGAACGCCGUGGUGUCUUGCCUUUCACCCUACCUGCAACGAUUUGUUAGCCAGCGGCUGUUUAGGUGGUGAGGUUCGUGUUUGGGAUCUACGAGGCGGUGGUUCCGAGGUGUGGGUUUGUCCGGAAAAGUCCGUCAUCACCUCACUAUCAUUCCACCCGAUGGAGAACUUUAUUGCAUUGUCGACCGUUAACCGUGUUCAUUUCUGGGACUGGAGCCGGCCAGAGCCGUUCGCCACAACGAAGACGAAUUCCGAACGUGAAAAGGUUCGUCUAGUUCGGUUCUCCCCACAAGGCGACUAUCUUUUAACGGGCAUUACCAAUGCACAAUUGACCGGACCUAUACGCCACUGUCGAUCAUCUAUUCUUAACCGUUUGAUGACCAUGUAUCAUCGACUUGGCGAGAUGAUACCGCCAAGUCCUUUGGCACGGCACCACGCGUCGUUACAGCGCCGAAUAGCGCGUCGUGGUGGCCAUCGUAGGGUCACUCACGAUGAUAUAUUUGAGCUUCUACGAAGUCGACAGUUGUUUUUAUACCAGCGAGCCGAACGCUCGAAUCCUCAUCGCGGUAACGGAUGGAGUCAGUCGCCAUCUGAACUGGACGGACACCCCGGAGGAACUUAUAACGGGCAGUCUACAGCAGAGAGUGCGCAUAAUCCACUUAUGCUCUAUUUUGAACUUCGCUCAGAACAGCACCGUCAACAAGAACGUCUCCAGGAGCGCCAACAGCAGCAACCGUCACCGUCACAACAACCCCAACAAUCGGCAACAAGCGCGAGCGGUUCCACCUCAAAUGGUUCUCAGUCAUAUUCAUUUUAUCCACCGUUUAGCCUAGCUGGACCCUCCAGCUCUUCCACUUUACCUCCAUUCUCUGCGGCAACUACAACUUCCUCAUCCGCAUUUUCAGCCGCUGGCUCAACUGCUUCUAACCUUGGAUCAUCAUUAUCAUCUUCUUUGCCUUCAUCAUCAAGAACUGUUGCACAGAAGUCAUCGUUGCAGUCUACAAUUUUAAAGGCCCGCCAGCGUAGCCUGUUCACCCGACGUCAACCACCAGCAUCCCGUGGUUCAAGCAAUAGUAAUAGCAGUAAUAGUAAUGGCGACGGUGGAAGCAGCAGCUUCGCUUCGAGCGCCAGCCAGACUGACAGCCCCUCUGGAGGGCAGCUAAACGACAGGAAUGCCCAGCGAGGGGACAGUUCGAACUUGUUGGAAACGUUCAAUCGACUUCGAGCGCUGUGUUCACGACUAGAAAGUCAAAUGUUACAACACUCCGAAAAUAACCAACAGCAGCAACAACAGCUGCUUCAUAUUGGCCCAUCUGCUUCUGCAAGCAGUGCGUCAUUGCCGCAACCAUCGUCGUCAUCUUUCCCCCCCCUACCAUCAGCAUCCUCGAGUGUGGCCAGAACGUCGUCGUCGUCUCAUGCGUCAAUCUCAUCGAAUCCGACAUUAACCAGACAGCAUUUGCCCUCAACUUCGUCUAGAGACUUCGGUUUUCCUGGGAAUUUGAAUUCUUCCACUGAUUCUUUGCGAACCACAUCAACACUUCCAUCAUCGUCACCAGCGGCAAACGAUCUAGACGCUCGUUCCCCCACUUCAUCGAAUGAGUCUCGAAGUGAUAUCUCACUGUCACUUGUCUCACUUUUGAGCCGUCUUCAAGAAAGUUUGCAGUCUUUAAGCGAGGCGACGAAUCUCACAGGAAUUAAUGGCGACGGAGCUGCAGCGCGCCAGCAAAUUCGCGAAGUCCGACAUCGAAUUUCGGAAAUUCUCGAGCGUCUAGAAAAUGUAAGUGGCUAUCGCGAACGGUUGCAAAACCUUCGUGAACAAAUCUACGCAGCUGCUGAAAGAAUGGCUCGACGAAAUGAAGAGGAUGACCAAUCACCGAGUCGUUCUCAGCAGCUGGAUCUUGCGUACUGUCUUUGGUUGGUCGAAAUGUCACUUCAACUAACCGACCAGAUGCAUCGAAUUCUCCGAGCUGAUUAUCGUCUAAGUACGCUGCAUUUGACCCGAGGCCGCCGAGAGAUUCGAACUUCCCGAGGGCCGCGUUUUGAAGAUGAUAACUCUCAGCAAGCAAAUCUGCCAUCAGGCGUCCUACCUCUAUCUUCCGGGGUCGGUGUUGGGACUCCGGCGGCACCAAAUGCUCCUAAUCUAUUGGUUUUCGGUUCUUCUGAAUCAGAGAGUGAAUCCGAAGGUGAAGGCGAGCGGGGAUCAAGUGUACCACCAUUUACACCGCCUCCUUUCCGCGCACCUCAAUAUAACUCCGCCCGUUAUCCGACGGCAAAUAUGGGAACCAUGGGCCCCGUGACGCAUCGUAUUCAGUAUUGGCGAACGACCGGCGACGAAAUGAUUCCCCAGAUCUCCGACUCCCGGGCGCGUGUCGUCGUUAACGUCUGUAAGAUUACGAACGACGGUUCCGUCGACGUAAGUCCGUGCGGUCGUCUGCUGGUUGCACUCGUACCCGACACGGUUGGAGUCACCCUAACCGUAUUCUCGUUGGAAGAGGCCUCCAUGGGCCAAGUGCUAUACACGUGGGGUUUUGGCCCUAAUGCCGUCUCCGUAAGCUUCUCACCUCUAUCCCGAUACAUUGUCGUCGGUUUGGCAUCUUCACGUUACAUGUCUCCGCAACGUGAGGUUGUGGCUCAAAUCUUCCGACUAGGAGUCAGGCCUGUUCAAGGCCAGACGGGUGGUGUCCUUCUAGAGCACGUGGGAAAUAUGAGCCAGCCGUUGUUGGGUUCCAAUGCAUCGCAUCAACUCAGUUCGCUCAACUGCGUUCGCUGGUUACCCAAUCCGGGUGAGGGUCUUGUAUAUGGAACGAAUAGGGGGACGCUAUGCAUUUGCCGGCCAUUGUGUUCCGUUUGUCAGGAGUGCUCUGGCGAAGCAAGUGUGCAUGGUAGUGGCUCACGUGACGGAACAGAUCAUCGGGACGGCCCGGGUGGACUAUUGCGCACUCGCAGGGACUCGUUUGAGAACCUCACCGCGCACGUUGAAGAGACAGCCAUGCAGCAAGUCUUGCGCAGACCGUAGCGACAACUACUGGCAGUGGAAGGUCGUCGUCAGAGUAGCAGUACUAGUAACGCGAAAAUGAGUCUUAAGAUAAAGACGAAAAGCUGCCGAGUUGCCUUUUACCUGCAGCCCUAAGGGUAAUUCAUGCAAGAUACUUAUGAAAUGAUCACUCACAUAAAUUCGUUUAGCCGGCAGCUCGUCUACCGGUUACUAUAUAUGGACAUUAUGAAUAAUAUUCUCGGGCAUUUAUACGAACACGACAGCAUGUAGGAGAUAUAUGGACGCACGUACGGGCAUGCUUGUACAGCGUGUGGUCGUAGCUUAUGCGGGCUUACGAGUAUGUUAACGAGAUAACUUGUAUUUCUUUAUUGCAUUAUUAAUGUGUUAAUGUAAUGCUGGCCUUGGGCAAGGAUGAAGAUAGAUGACACUAUGAGAUGCGAGUCGCUUGGAGAAGGUAACAGUCAAAAGAAGAGCGAUUUUGUUUUUUAUUGAUUAUUUUAAACAUUUGUCGUUUCUGUCCCGUCACAUGUCGAACAACGACAAUAAACAGAGAACGGUAAUUUAAAGUGACGGAGCGAACGUAUCAGUUGCACGAUUCAAGGUACGAAGAGUGCUUUAUUUAACAGUGGAGUUAGAUUAUUGCAUAAGUGACAAAUACACAAAAGGGACUAGGGUAAUAAGCAAACGUAGCCUAAACCAAUCGUGAGAACAGGUCAAACAGCAACAUAAAAGGCCGAAAUUAAUAAGCACCAAUAUAAAUAAAUGAGAAAAAUAAAGGGAAUAAUAUCACCAAAAGCAAAAAUUGUACGCAGAUGAAACUGAGACUUAUCCAGUGAAGCCUCCCAUAGCUCCAAAUUUGCGACUGCGACGGCACUUCGAUGUAUAUAUUUAUGAAAAUUUACAGUAUCAACGAAGAAUAUAGUGUAGACGACAACUUUUUUUAGAAAAAGAGAACACUUGAAAUAAACAGCAUGGGAAAAAAUAUAUAUAGAUAAAAAACAAAAUGAUGAUCUGAACAUAUGAGAAAUUUAUAUAUAUAUAUAUAUAUAUAUAUAUAUAUAUAUAUGAUGAGAAGGUUACAGAAGGUAAUGGAAAGAAGAGGAAAAGAAAACACCUUUUUAGGUGCAUCAAAAGCAGCACAUAGCUGUAGAUGGGCAAAGCGUGCAUUGAACGAGUCCCCAGUUGGAAGAGAGGUGACGGAAACGUUGUAGCCGUGUAGGGGCUGCCACUUGUAUAUAUGGUCGCUAUAUUUUGUAUUUUGUGCUAACUGGGGGUAUCAACCACGAGGAUAUGCAAUAAAUAAAUUAAAAAGUAUCACAACCUACCACAACCAAUGUUAUUAUUUUUGUCAAGGAUGGUAAAUAGGUCUCUAUGUCGACUGAUGUCGGUUCGACUUGGCUGCAGGUUUGCUGAGAAACGACAAAUAAUUGGGAACAAAUAAGGUUCCAUAUUUAGCGGUCUUUGGCGGUACAUGCUGAUAUCCAUUAGUAACUCAAACAGUAGAGUCUCCGGUAGGAAGUCAGAUGAAACUAGUUCGAUAUGCGUUUGCUACAUAAAAUGUGUGAAAAUGUCGAGAUGGUGUCAUGAGAUAGUCUUUAUAUUGGAUCAUAUUUUUCUAAACGAGAGUAAUAAUAAGAAUUAUAUGCAGGUUCGUCAGUUGGCUCUAACGUAUUGGUUGGUAAUCUGAUUCAAUGUGAGAGUGAUUCCGAGUAAAAAAAGACUUAGCACAAACUUAAGCAUUUAUUUCUAUGAUUUUAUAGCAUAAAGUGUUACUUUUUAGCCCGGAUACCUUCAUAUACGACUAUAUUGGAAGUAAUGCUAGCAACUAACGAUGGGCUCUAUACCUUCGUAUUUGAAUUUUGUUUACCUAAAUGUUCCCGGCGAAAAUUUCGUUUUUUCGCACUAUUCCAUUCACUUAGCCAUAGUGAUUAUGUCCGUCUAUUCAGUAUUCUAUGAAAAUCACCGAAUUUAUUUGCUGGAAUAUAUAUAAUGUCGAAAUUUGUAUUUCGAUACCAAUAUGCCAUUGCAAGCAGUAACUGGCAAAGAAAUAUUCUAGCCUAGUUAGCUAGUCUAGUUCGGCAUAUGCUUCCUGUUCUUACAAUCAUCGUCAGUUUUCGAUUUUACCCUGUAGAUUGCGUUGCGCUAGAGACCUACGAAUAUGGUUCAUUCACACAAGCUUUAGAGAGGGUGUGUCAUCUUUUAACCACUUGAACCUAGAACCUUUGAGCUCCUUAAAUGGGCGAAUGUUUUUUUCUGGAAGACGCUACGCCGUAGAUACAAUAUGGUCUGGUGCACUACAAUGAAAAGCUGUUAGAGAUAUUUUAGAUGAUCCGAACGUCUCGACAAAUUAAUCAGUGUAAUUCAAUGAAAUAUCGUACGUUGUUCGUCCAGACCAUUUUUUGCGAAAGUGUCGUUUUAGCAUAUUGGAUGGAUCCAUUUUAAUCGUAGGGCCUUAGGGGAAGAUUUAUCAAGUACAGCGCCUAGACAUCUGAAAGGUACUGUGAGCCGUUGCGUGGCCUUUCACGACUUUGACGAUUGAGCUGCUGUUAUUGAGUGAAAGGUUGUGACACUUAGUGGAUACUGUGUUAUCGAAGCAGAAUACCACGACCAUUCGGUGCGACAGCAUCUCAAUAGAAAACGAACACAAGGUAUCUUUACAAUUAAUUACUUCUGAAUAUAGAAAAGUGUUCGCUUUGAUCGGUUACCCAGGUUUAACAGUCUCGGGAAAAACAAAUGCACGUAUGCGUCCGGUAGACAAUUUAAGCGAACAGACUGAGAUAGGUAGAAGGGGAAAACUAUAAAAGGAUAGAAAAUUAUUUUGGUCCAGACGGCAUAAAUAUAUGAAUCUGAACAAGGAGAAUGUUUCAGAGAUGCAACAAAGCCUAUAAUCUACUAGUGGUUUCAAAGAUGGAAAUCAAACUCACGAAGGCAAAACUUUACAGAUGCUACGUAAUGGACAUACUGAAGCUGUCUGCAUGAAAUCAUCGUACAGGUCGAUCCCUUUCUGGCCUGGCAUACAUAAAGAUAGGAAACACAGCUAAGUCUCACACCUUCUACGGACGAGCGGCCUAGCGUUCCCCGAAAACGGCUCAAAACUGACCGACUUCAGAUGGACGUUGAAAAGACUCCACGCGGAUUUCGCAGUACUGGUAAAUGGCAAGACAUAUCUGGUUUUUGUUCAUGGCCUGACAGGAGAGUCAUGCCGGAGAUAUAUGAAAUGAGAUAACGGCUUCCUCAACUGUCUGUUACUUUUGACAUAUUCGCCAGGGUCGGAUACCUAUAAGUACUGGUCACUCACAACGGAACCUAGCUCAUAUCUGUGGCGUUUCAAAAGUUUUCUUCACAGUACCCUCGAAAAAUACCUCAGAUACGGGCUGCACUGCGAGUUCAACUAAGCUGCAUGCACAUCCAUGCUGCAAAGACAAAAAAAUCUCCAGCUGAGAUGUUUAGAAGACAAAUUCGAGCGGAGCCAAACGUCCUUGUAAGAUUCAGAUGUCAGAAAACAGGUAAUCGAAAACAAGACUGAAAAACGAGAUUUUGAUAUAGUGAUUUCGUUUAUAUCAACGAUUGUUGAAAACCAAUAGGAAGAUUUAAACACCAGGAAGAAAAGUUAAUUGUUGAAAACCAAUAGGAAGAUUUAAACACCAGGAAGAAAAGUUAAAGAUUUAUCGUUUAUAAGACUGAGGUUGAUGUAAUGAAGUAAACCAUGUAUUGAAAGCAAAUCCGUUCAUACCUAACGUCGUUCUGCUUCUUAUUGAAACAGAACUCACUCGCCUAAGUGCAGGUGCUUUACCAAAAACCCCGAAUAACUAGGACACAAACCGGAACGACCUCUUACGAACAGUAAAUAAACAGCCAUCUAACUGUCUGAUCAAAAUCUUAUCAGGAGACACGUCUACUUCAGGAACAAGAGAUUACAACGGAAGGUAGAGAUAGAAUGAAACGGUGAUUUCAGAGACACAAAAACGCGUUAGGUAUAAUAAAACCUUUAGAUUAGACUAGGUUCAACUAGUGAAAUAUAAAACUCAAAUAUAAGCAUUUGGAGGAUUUGUGUAUUUUUGCCUGCUGACAUCAAUCAACAGUGGGAAUGGUCAUAAUCUUUAGCUUUGAUUCAACGCUCUCUUUCCGGCUUAAACUUGUCGCAAGACAACGGCUCAGGCUACGAUUUGUGGACGGCACAGCUUUUUAAAAAAAAUUUUACCAGCCUUUGAACGGCUUAGAAUUGCUAAAACGUGUAACGAUGUUCUUCGAUACGUCACAUCCUCACGUGGAUAUCGUGAGAUGAUUAUCUUGCCCGGUAGGACAUGUACCUAUUAUGUAAUAAAGACAAUACUGUUGUUUAUUGCUCAUUCACAGUGUA